AUGGCCGUCAAGACGAUAUCCAUCGACGUCGUCUCCGACAUCAAGAACCUCGAGCGCGCGCUCGCGGCGGCGAAGCCCAGGCUCGUGUCGAAGGACACAACCUUCACCACGACCUGGCGACCAUUCUUCCUCAUGCCCCCCGAGAUGUGGCGCAGGGGCGUCGCGUCCGGUGAGUUCCCGCCGGACGCGGAGACCGUCGGCAUCAACAAGCUCGACUACUACCACAGCAAGUUCGGCGGACCCGCGCGCGUGGCGCCCAUGGUCGAGCGCCUCGCCGGGAUCAUGCGAUCGCUCGACGUCGAGUACAACAUGGACGGAAACACUGGCCCGACCCUGGACGGCCACCGCAUCGCCGCCUACGCCGAGCGCGCGGAGGGCUUGGACAAGCAGAACGCGUUCAUGGAGGAGAUCUUCAAAUCCUACUUCACCAUGGCGCAGGCUCCGUGCGACCCGACGGUGCUCCGGGACGCGGCGAGAAGAGCGGGGCUGGACAUGGACGAGGUCGACAAGGUCCUCGCGACGCCGACGGCGGAGCUCGGGGAAGUUGACGAGCAGCUCCAGAGGUUCGCGAGGGGCGUGAGCGGGGUGCCGUACUUCAUCCUCAGCGACGGUAAGAGGCGGAUUCGGAUGAGCGGCGCGCAGCCGCCGGAGCAGUUCCUCGACGCCCUCGAGCAGCUCGGCGCCAUCGAGGACGCGUGAUUGAUUGACUACGAGAUUGAUCAUCAGCGUCAGGAUCGGUCCAGAGACGAGGCGUCGUUCAGCGCGCGACGUGACGAUUCGACAUCGCGAAAGCGCCCGUACGCACGAGGCGCCGCGACGGAUCGGAUGAAAAAACGCGCGGACGACGUCACCACCCGGACAGACCGAUUCGCGAGUGAAUGACGAAAACCAAAAAUAUCUACAGCACCGGUGGGCGCGGGUACAGCUCCGCGAACGGCUCGUACGGCGGGUCGUAGAACGCCCUCGUGGCGUCCGGGUACCCCUUGCAGUCGCCGUCUGUGCAGAUGUACACGUCCUUCCACAAGCCGUUCACCACCGCGUUCUGCGCGAACUCGUUCUUGUAGAAUAUCGCCCGGCCGUACACG